CAGUCACUUCCCCGAGAUUUCGACUGACUCGUCACACAGGCCAGGAGCUCGCCGUGGAAGCUCUCAAACGAGGACACCGAGUCGUCGCUUUGAAUCGAUCCAUCGAGGCUCCGCAGACCAUCAUCAACGCGGGGGCCAAGGUGAUCCAGCUCGACAGCACAGCAGACCUUCAAGACUGCGGCCCAAGAGGCGAAAGAUGCAUACGGUAGGAUCGAUUGGGUUUUCCUCAAUGCUGGGACGACAAGAAUGGGUAGCAUCCUAGAGAGCGAUCUCAAGGACUGGGAGCUGGUGUUCGAUACAAAUUUUUGGGGACCUCUGAAAUUGGUGCCUCACAUGGUCGAUAACAAAGGGGCAGCCUUUGUCUUCAAUUCGACUCAAGUAUUUGAGCAUGGGUUCGCCAUCUGUGGUGCUUACAGCACUAGCAAAGCUGCAGUCACUGCCUUGGCGGACACUUUGAGAAACGAAGUGAAAGGAUAUGAUUUGCAACCUGGAUCUAUCAAGACGCCAUUCCUGGACAAGUCGCCUGAAAGCAAGACUUCCGUUCCAUUUCUUCAGCCCAUCGUCGAGUGGAUACACUCAGCCAGAGACAAAGCCCCUCUCGAUCCGGUCAAAGGUGCCGGGAGGAUUCUGGAUAUCCUAGCCUCUGGAGAGCUGCUUCCUGAACGAUUGCCAUUCGGUCAACAAGCUUUCAACAUGAUGAUUCCACGUUUGGAAGCUAGAUUGGCCGAUUUCAAAAGGAACAGAGCUUGGUCGGUGGGCUUGGACUACGCCGAGAGCGAGUAAGAGCUGGCCUGGUGCAUCAUAAGAAUCAUAGGCUCGAACAUCUCAUAGCAUGGACCGUCAACAGCGUGCAUACUGAUCACUAUGAAAUGGGAUGUAACAUCCGAG